CUAUUUACCCAAUUCACUUCCUGUACAAAAAACUUUGAAAAUGGCUACUGGAGCUUUGUUCGGUGGAAAUAGUCGCUCUCAGAGCAAGAAUCUGGUUGAAUUUCGAUGUGGCAAAAUGUUUAUGAAAGAGAAAAUGGUCCACCCAGAUAAAAGGAAGGGGUUGCUCUACGUGUAUCAGGCUGAAGACUCUCUGAUGCACUUUUGUUGGAAGGACAGGGGCACCGGCACAAUCGAAGAUGAUUUGAUAAUCUUCCCAGAUGAUAUUGAGUUCAAACAUGUUACUCAGUGUACAACAGGGAGAGUCUAUGUCCUCAAGUUUAAGACAUCAAGUAGAAAGUUCUUCUUUUGGAUGCAGGAACCUAAGAACGACAAGGAUGAGGAAUACCGCAAGAAGGUUAACGAAUAUCUGAAUAAUCCACCAACUCCAGGGUCCAGUCGAGGAGCUGGACUAUCGUCUGAUUUGUCUGGACUAGGUGAUUCUGAUUUACAGAGUAUUCUCGGAGGAAUGAGCCAGCAACAACUCAUGCAGUUAUUAGGACCAAUGGGAAUGGGAGGUCCAGGUGGUGGCCUGUCUGCCCUGAUGGGAGCACGUCCUAGCAGUGCUCAAUCAACAGCCUCUGAACCACCUCUGAGAGUGCAGUCAUCUCCUGGUACCAGAGGAUCCAGUAAUGACCAACAGAGACCAGUCACUGCUGCUGCUCUACCUUCCCAGAAUACAACAGCUGCAACCACGACAACUACUACGGGGACAACAAGUACUACAGCAGGGGCUGCCACUACAACCUCUACAGGGGGCAGCAAAACACCAAUACAACUCAGUGAUUUACAGAAUAUACUCUCUAGUAUGAAUGUGCCUACAACGCCUAAAGAAAGUGUAGAUUUAGUUCAGGCUUUAAAUCCUGAGUCCAUGAUUCCAAUACUUGCCAACGCAGAGGUCCAGGAAAGACUAGUCAAAUUCCUACCUGAAGGUGAAACUCUACCCAAAACAGAACAGGAACUGAGAAACACUAUCCAGUCACCUCAAUUUCAACAGGCAUUGUCAUCAUUUAGUGCAGCAUUACUAUCAGGACAGUUAGGUCCUCUGAUGUCACAGUUUGGUCUCGGUGAAGAUGUGGCCAAUGCUGCAGCUCAAGGAGAUCUUGGUGCUUUCGUCAAAGCCAUGCAAGAACAGCAAAAGAAAAAAGAUUCAGAUGAUGAUAAAAUGGACACUAAAUAAUUUUGUUGAUGUUUUGUUUAUGAGUAUUCUUAAAAUUGUGAUGUUCUGAUUACACAUAUUAUUUAACAUGAGUGUUUUAUAUUUCUUAAUAAGCAGCUUGGUGACCCUCUACUUAUCCUGUAUAAAGAUACUGUGGCUUCAUUAUUAUUAUUCGUUGGAUAUCAUUUUAUGUGAAUUACGUGGAACAGAUAAACCACGAAAUAAAUUGUUCAACGAAUUUUCUGUAGUCUUGAAUUCAGAUUUCA